AUGGUGGCAUUAAAUAACAUGUUUGGCAUGAGUAAGCUAUAUGUCAAACACUCAAAGAGAAUCUUGCUAGUGUGCUUAAUUCUAGUAAGUAUCCAUGUGUUCUAUUUGGUGCACCGAAAUAAAUGGGCCCUGAAUCUGGUUUCAAUAAAAAACGAAGGAUACAGAUUGAUCAAAUAUUUUGAGAAUUCGGAGUCGGGACUCAUGGUGGUUGAGAAGUCGUACAAGGUCAGCAGGAGUGAGGCAGGACGGGCAGAAAACGAGGAUGAGGGUAUCAACAAUAAUAGGUUCAACAUAGAAACAAUCGAAGGAUACAAAUACGACAAACAACAGGCAAUAGACCAACAGCAAAAGAUAUUGCAAGAAAAUGCAUCUGUAGAGGAAAAGAUGGAAUUUGAAACGAGGUUUGUAGAAAGACUUGUUUCGUUUUUCAGCGAUUUAUUCGUGCUAAUCGAAGCGUGUGGACCAGACAUUGAUAAAGUGAACAACGACGAGCACUACCAGGCGUCGAAGGAGGCAAACAAGUUCCCCAAUAGAGAUGGACGCAUGCCAACGUAUGGAGGUCAUUUGCGGGAGAACUACCUUGAGGAGCCUAUCAGGACCAAAGAAUUGCUUGAAAGCUACCUUCAGUUGUCGAAGGAAGAGAUAUUUGCGUUGACGAAGUCUCAAUCCAAAUUCAUGGAAAGCAUGCCCAAUGAGUACCCCCUGGAGAUGGUGGAGUUGAGUAAGUAUAACCAGUUUUUGAAGGGUGACGGGAUAGUCUAUCUCGGGGGUGGAAAGUAUAACCAACUCGUGAUGCUCUCGUUGAAGUUGUUAAGAUCGCACGGGUCACAGUUGCCGGUCGAAGUGAUCAUUCCCAAGAGGAGUGACUUCGAUAUUGAUUUCUGUAACCGGGUGCUCCCAAACAUGAAUGCCAAAUGUAAGGUCAUGUCAGACUACUUGCCCGAAAAAAUUAUGAAAACCAUUGGAGGUUUCCAGUUUAAAACCGUUGCAUUGUUGAUAUCGUCAUUCGAAAACGUAUUAUAUCUAGAUGCAGAUAAUUUGCCCAUCAAAAACAUCGAUCUAUUAUUCACAAACAAACCAUACGUUGAUAAGCAUUUAGUGAUGUGGCCUGAUUUAUGGAGAAGAUCUACGUCUCCUAUUUUCUACGAUAUCGCCCAGAUUGCUACCGAUGACAAGAAAAGAUUGCGUAAUAGUUACUUCCUUGGUGACACGAGAGGUACUUCCGACAAGAUUCUGUACCACGACUCUGAGGGCACUAUUCCCGAAGCGUCGAGCGAAACAGGUCAAAUAUUGAUCAACAAAAAGGUUCAUUUUAAAACAUUAGUCUUGUCUAUGUAUUAUAAUUUCUACGGGCCUGAUUUCUAUUACCCGUUGCUUAGUCAAGGUGCGGCUGGUGAGGGCGAUAAAGAAACUUUCAUCGCUGCAGCCCAUAAACUCGAUUUGCCAUAUUACCAAGUUCAGGAAUUUAAUAGAGAAUUUGGCCCCAUCAAUCAUGAUACCCUUAAGCACGAAUAUUUCGGGAUGGGUCAGUACGACCCUAUAAUUGACUACAUACAAUCUUCUCAGCAGGAGAAAUAUUUCAACUCCGUCAACCCCACGUACGGCAAAAGUAAUACUGAUGUUGAGAACAGCAAUUACGACUAUCAUUUGUACCACUCGUCAAGCUUAUUAUUUCUUCACGCAAAUUGGCCAAAGUACUAUGUCCGUGAUUUACUUUUAGGCAACGCCAAUGGAAGAGGUCCAAAGGAUAAAGACGGAAAUAGAAGAAGGUUGUAUGACAAAAACUUAAUACAAGAAUUAAACGGAUAUGACUUCGAAUUGCAUAUAAUGGAAGAACUAAAGUGGUGCUUCUGUAACUUGAUCAACAUUAAUUUGGCAGAUGUGCCUAAUCCCAAAGAUCCUGUUCGUGGUGAUAUCUGUAAGGAAAUUCACGGACAGAUUGAAUUUUUGCAACAAAACAAAUAA